GUGGAUCACAGUCAUUUAUUUCAAUGACAUUAGCAGAAACAUUUACUGAAUUAACAAUAUUAAAUUCAUUAUUAUCAAAUUUACAAUGCAAAGAAGACAAUCGAUUACGACAACAAAAUUAUAAAGCAACAAAAGCAAUUCAACAAGUAAAUAAAUAUAGAAAUAUUGCAAGAUGUAGUUUGGAUAAUUUUAAUUUUGAAUUAGAAGAUGGCUUUGAUCUUUCUAUUUGGCAAUAUAAGCUUA